UAAAUUUAUUUUUUUUUCAAUUGUCUUGGUCUUAUAUGAAUCAAACAUAGUUUAGAUACAGUGAAUUGCAAAAAAAAUAAAAUUUAAAAUCAUCAGGAAAAUCUAGAACAAUACCGUUGAAAAAUGAAUCUGUUUUAUAGCAUCUUUUUAGCUUUUUUAUUAUUCAUCGGUUUCUGUCAAGCCGAUUAUGAAGAUCUGAAAACUUUAUCAUUAAAAAUUGGCGAAAUGCAAUGUCAAAAUGUGCCAAAAAUAUCGGAAUUUCUACGGAAUUAUCACACUUUAAAAAAUGGUCCUAAUUUUGGUGAUGACUAUGCUCAAUUACAAUCUAUGUUGAAUGAAACAAAAGUUUUAUAUUCAGCUUUAAUGGAUCAGAUUAGUUACUAUGCACAAUCUGAACAUGAACUAUCGUUUUCAAAUCAGAAUUAUUUCAAUUUAAUGAUCUAUUGGCAUAUACGUUCGAUACAAUGUCAAAGUUUAUAUAUGGUAUUUAAAUGGAUCGAACAAGACUUGUUACGAUAUCGUGAAGAUCAUUCUUCCAAGCUUCGUGAUGUAUUCGAUGAUGGUCAAUUUCAAACAAAGAUGACAAAUUAUAUUAAAAAACAUUAUUUGUCCGAUUUGGAUAUCCUCAAUCAAUUGGAUUAUGAUAUAUUUGAUUUUGUUCGAAAGGCCGCCAAACAUGUGGAUAAAAAUAGCAUUAUUAGUACGCUACAAAAACUUCAUGAAUUAUUUGAUGUAGUUAAUAGUGGCCUUACCAAAGAUAUAAUUUCACCUGCACAUGAUGAUCUAUAUAAAAAUGGAUUAGAUUUUUCCAUGCAAAGCCAUGUAUUGAUUACUUCAACACUUAGUUAUUACCGUUGGCUAACAGAUUUUAUGCAUCAAUAUCAGGAAAUAUUCCAAAAACAUUUUCCUUGAUUAAUAUAACAAAAUGUUACAAUAUUUUUUGAAAGUUA